CAUUAUUAGGACGCUCUUGCAGUCAUUAAACCGUACAGGCUUUCAGUGGCAGCCCAGUACCGAGAAUCUGAGCGUGACCUCUACUGCAGUUGAAAACACAGUGGAGCCGCGGCUCGAUCAGUGGGAUGUUUGUUUAGGUAUUCAUUUUACCUGUCAACACAGUACUCUCAAAUUCCAGCACCGCAAGACAGGCUUAUGUGCUCCGUGCCGCUGGAUCUCCGCUUAGGGGUGCUCAGAGUGUCAGUAGGCUUUAAGAUUUAUCACUGCACUGCAACAUCAAUAUGGGUGUGAUCAGUGUGCAGCUGGUGGUUACCAUGGUAAUGGCCAGCAUGAUUCAGAAGAUCAUACCCCACUAUUCCUUUGCACGAUGGCUCCUCUGCAGUGGCAGUCUGCGUUGGUACCAGCACCCCACAGAAGAUGAGCUGAGGACUUUGGCUGGAAAGCAGCAGAAAGGAGGAAAGAGCAAAAAGGACAGGAAGUACAAUGGGCACUUAGAGAACAAGCCGAUGACUAUUCCCAAAGACAUCGACCUUCAGCUGGAGACUAAAUGCAUUGCAGAAGUGGACACACUUGCUCUGCAUUAUUUUCCUGAAUUCCAGUGGUUGGUGGAUUUUACGGUGGCCGCCACAGUGGUGUAUUUCAUCACUGAACUGUACUUCUGUGUGGCGGAGCCCAGUGGGGAGAUGAACAUCAGUGUGGUGUGGAGCCUGCUGGUCUUGGCCUUUGUCAUGAAGAUCCUUUUCUCCCUGACGGCUCACUACUUCAGACUAGAGGAGGGCGGUGAGCGUUCCCUCUGCAUCACCUUUGCCUUUUUCUUCUUUGUGAAAGCCAUGGCUAUCCUUAUUGUCACAGAGAACUACCUGGAAUUUGGCCUCGAGACAGGCUUUGCAAAUUUUUCCGAAAGUGCCGUGCAGUUUCUGGAGAACCAAGGCCUUGAGUCCCAGGGCCCCAUAUCCAAGCUGACCUUUAAGCUGAUCCUGGCACUGCUCUGCGCUCUCAUUGGAGCCUUCCUCACCUUCCCUGGCCUGCGAUUGGCCCAGAUGCAUCUUGAUGCCCUCACGCUAAACAACUGCAAAGUCACACAGACUUUGCUGCAUAUCAACUUCUUGGCCCCCUUGAUUAUGGUACUGCUAUGGGUGAAGCCCAUAACAAAGGAUUACUUAAUGAAUCCCACAUUUGGGAAAGAUAGUGUGCCUUUAAUGUCUGAGAAGACAUACGACACGUUGCGUCUGUGGGUGAUCCUGCUUCUGUGUGUGCUGAGACUAGCCAUGAUGCGGCAUCAUCUCCAGGCCUACCUCAACCUGGCCCAGAAGGGCGUCUUGCAGAUGAAGAAGGAAGCGGGGCGCAUUAGUACCGUGGACCUCCAAAAGAUGGUCGCCCGAGUCUUUUACUACUUGUGUGUGAUAGCACUACAGUACGUUGCACCUCUGGUGAUGCUGUUACACACUACUUUGCUGCUAAAGACAUUAGGUGGAUACUCGUGGGUGAUUUACCCUGAAGAGAGUUUGCCAUGUCUGUCAAAUGAGGACUCAAACCCCACUGAGGUGGGGCAAGGCGAGAUGCAGGCCUCUCAAACUGUGGCCCAGCUAUCAGUCGCUCUCGGUGGGCUGAGGACUGUUUUCUCUCCCUUGCUUUUUCGAGGGCUCUUGUCCUUCUUCACAUGGUGGAUUGCUGCCUGCCUGUUCUCCACUUCUCUCUUCGGCCUCUUCUACCACCAGUAUCUGAUGGCAGCAUAGCAUCGGGAAGGGCUUGUUCAACUGAACUGUGCUGCACGACGAGGCCCUGGAACUUUCCCCUUUCCUGCAACCAUAUCAGCCGAGUUCUUCUCUGAUAUGCUUCCUCCAUUGACACAUUGUUUUAACCUAACAAAUACAAAAAUGACAAUAGUAAUAAUGCAGUCACUGUUAUAUUCAUCAGACUGGUUUGAAGCAUCAAUGAAUGGAGGAUGGCAUCUAAAGGAGACCUCAAAAUAAUGCUGAUUUUAAAGCGGGUGGUGUCUUUGAGCCACCAGAUGGUUGAAAGCAAGGGAUCACUCAUGGUCUUUGACAUUUUUUGUUUUUUAGUUGAAAAUUAUGACGGUUUUUAAUAGUGUUUUUUUUUUGUUGUUUUUUUGUUUUUUUUUAAUGUUAUACUUCUCCAAAGUAGAAACUGGGUUCUGCUGUAGGGAAGGUUUUCAUUGCUGAUACAUGAAGAUACAUGAAGAGGACACAGUGUUUUAGUCGAGCUUAGAGAGUAUAGUGAGGGGAUUGAUCGAGAAGAAAAGUAUGUUUUAAAGGUGUAUUUAUUUCAGAGGGACUGAAGCCAGCCUUCUCACAAGGAGAGUUUUGUUUGACUGUAGAAGACUGAGAGAUAAUUUAAGUGUGUAUGCGUGUGUGAGAGUGACGGUUUGUGUGUUAACAUCAGUGCCUGCAGGCUCCCAGUGACCCCUGCUGCUGGUGGGUAAAUCUAAAAAGGGCAUUUUGAUCAAGUAUAAAAGCUAACUCAAAAAAACUGUCGAAAGCAGUGGCCGCCGCUCUUCUGAUACCCUUCCCCGUCAUUUAACCGGUCAGAUGUUUCACUUUGAAUUUCGGGUCCAGUGACAUCAAGCACAUCCUGGAAGCGUGCUCCAUGUUUUCUGUAUGGAGCCUAUUGAUUUUCUGUAAUGCAUCAAAUAACAGGAUUGGAUUUCUUUCAUGUGAAGGUGCCAAGUACGCUUGUAUUCCCCCAUGAGUGUGUACAGUACUUCCUGCUGGAAAUCAGAAAGCACACAUGCAGAGGCACGAGCCAAAGCAGAACAUGUGGCUUGAUCACAAAGAAACAUGGUGUUUGAUGUCCAUUUUAAUGUUGUAACCUUUUGGCACUACAUUUACAAAACCGCACAAAGACAUAUCUGAAGUAUUUUUUUUUUUUUUUUUUUUUUAGUCUUUUUUUAGUGUUAACCUGCUGUAAAAGUCUUAUUCGUAUCCUCCAUUUUGAGAUUUUGGAGGGUACGCAGACAAUGAAUGUAUUGAUCCUGCCUGAUUUUUGAUUGUUGCUAUGAUGAAUUUUAUUUGAACGAAUCUACUACCCUUGGUGCCCCUAAUACACAGUCAAAUAUGACAUAAUCUUGGCUUUCAGCAAAUAUCAGUUAAAAUAGAAAUAUAAAUUUUGUAUGUUGUGGACUUCCAGGGGCAUUUAUAUUGCAAAGGUGCGUCCAUUAUCAUCAACAGCACACUUGGUAAUACAAAUUUUGAGAGCUGUUUUUUUUUUUUUUUUCUUUUUUUUUCUUCCUCUCUCUGUUGUUGAUUAUCAAGCUGUGAAGAUUGAUGGAUACAAUGGGGAGUUUAUUUUAACUGUAAACAUUCACAACCUUUGGUAAUCAUCAGCGGGGCCAUUUUAGUCUUAAAGGUUUUUUUUGUUUGUUUUUUUUGUUUUUUUUUGCCUUAUUUUGAUUUUCUCCCACUUUCCCCCCCCCCACCAUUAAAAGUCAAAACAAGUGACCAAAAUUGAUUAAAAAUUUGUUACUAAAAACUUACCCCAUUUUUAAGAUGUUUUCAAUAAGCAUGUCUUUAAACAUUUCUAACCCUAAUGCCAAAUAACAGUAUAUGAGGUUUAGAACUGAUCCAUAUUAAAAUGAGAAGACAAAUCACUUUUUCUUGAAUUUCAGUAUAGCUGGGAUCCGUUUUCGAGCUUAAAUGGCUCUGUUGGUCUUUAAUACAUUUUAAGUACUUAUCUUUAUUUAUUACUUUUCAGUUUGUUUAAUAAAUGAUUGUCAAGAAAAA